GAUCUUCUUGUAUUAUUCUUGAUCCUACGAUCAGUCUAGAGAGAAAUCGAAAAACCAAAACAAUGGCUGAACUGCUGCUGAUCGCUGGGAUCGGAGUUUUGGGUUUAUGUCUGAUACUGACGUUCCUGGCCCUGUUGCUGUUGUCAGGCUUGUUUGAGACGAUUGACGUGAAGACAGGGAAACCCCCUCUAGGAGAGGCUGUCAUUGCCUACAAAUUCUGCCGCGGUCCAUACAAGGAGUGCGGCCCUGUGUUUACAGAAGUCUGCGGACUGACCCCUCAGGGCUACAAAACCAUAGGCAUCUAUUAUGAUGACCCGAAAGUGGUAGAAGGGGAGAAAUUACGUUAUGUUGUUGGCUCGAUUCUCUCUGAAGAUGGAUCUGAGAUUGACGAAGCUGUACAGGAACAACUAUUGAAGUUUGGUUAUAAGAUAGCCAAGCUUCCCUCUGUGUCAUACGCUGUCAACACGACUUUCCCGUACAGAAGUGCCCUCUCCAUUCUUAUUGCAGUAUGGAGGGUCUACCCAAGAAUGAAUGAUUAUGUGAAGGAGCGUAAGUUAUGUGCUCAUCCCUAUUUAGAGGUAUAUGAUGGGGGCUCCAUAUAUUUCAUUGCUCCACUGGCUCGUCAGAAUGAAUUCUAUGUCCCUGAGGUGCAGGAAGAUAAUGAUGAAGCAGAAGAUGGAGAUGAUGAAGAUGAUAGUUCUGUAGAUGAGAGUGUGUCAGUUUCCAGAGAGACCAGUUACAGCCGUACAGCUGUAGAUGAUGGUAUGCCAAUCUCUGACAGUGAAAGUGAGGCUGAGGAGGAAGGGGGUAUAAUUUGUCAGAGUGAAGAAAUCCUCAGAGGGGAGGAAACUCCACGUAAACUGUUAGAGGACGAGGGUCGCGAUCAGAGCACACCAGACACUAGUGAACCCCCCACAUUUCAGGACUCGGGGUUUAGCUCUGAACAAAUGACCACCCCUCAGUUGAGUCCCCUCAAACAAGAGGAGGGGGACAAGGCUUCAGAUGGCAAUGAUUCAGGAUCCUCCUUUGAAGAAAUCUCAAUGGAAAAUGUCCCCAAGUCGAUAUCAUAACAAAAGCUUAUUGAUCAAGUUCAGUAUUUGUCAUGUAUAAGUGUAUUUAUUUGUGUUAAGAAUUACAUCAUGAUCUAUUACUAUAAAUAUCUAUCAAGAGUAAUAGUAUUUCAAUCCAUGCAUUUUUUGACUACUUAAAAUUAAUUCUAUUAAUGAUAUUAUACUGCUGGAAUAUUAGAGGAGUUUAAAAUAACUUGAACUACUCUUCAUCUGUAAACAAUAAAACUAUGCUAUAGCAGAGUCCUGGGGUCCUGUGAAUUUACUUUGCUAAAUCGGUAUAAAUGUAUAAUUUUCAUUUGAAUCAAAAAAUUUUUCAAGAAUAUAAAUGUAUAGCAGAUUCCCAAUACACAUGCAUUCCUUUCUAUGACUAUUACAUGUUCAUGUUUAAAAUUGGAGUACUGGAUUUUUUUUGUUCAUUAGAAUUCAAAUAUUAAAAAGUUAAAUAUAUAUGAUCAUUUCAAUAUUUUGAAUUUUUAGACCUUGAAAAACCAUUAAAAAGUGAAAAUUUUGUUAUCUUUGAACUUUGUAUGACAAAAAACAAAUCGCUAAAUCUGUAAAUUAGCUAUAUUAGAGUUGUUUAUACAAUGAAGUUUUAUAAGGAAUAAUAAAUUAUUUUGCUUGGGAUUCUCCCCCAAAAAAAAAUCGCUGUAAAUUUGUUACAUACAUUAUGAUAAUGAAUUUUAGUGCAUCAUCAUUAUUUUUUUUUUUUUGCAUUUAUGUAUCGCAAGUAGCAUCCAUAGGAGGAACAAGUUUGUUUGGUUUAUUGUAAAUCAAUACAAGAGUCUAGUUUGUCUGAAAUAUCUGAUGUUUUCCAAGCUUUUUUACGAUUUUGAUGUUUUACGUGCCAAGAAAAAAAAAUCGUAACCCCCCCCCCCUAAAAUGCCAAGAAAAUGUAAAAUAUUUUGGACUAGUGUCUAGUGAUUACCAAGUUGAUAGAUCGAGACACAAGGUAUUUGAUUUAGAAGGAUUCUUGUACAAUAAUGGCCUCUUUAUUGAUAUUAUUGUGAUGUACGUAAUCUGCUUUCACGUGCUUUACACAUGUAUGUUUGUUAACCUACUUGUUGGGCAAUAAAAUCUCCAUUCUG